UCUCGUGAUUAAUUUAUUCAUUUACAAAGAAAAUCAAAUCAAUUUUAAUUGACAAAAGUGUAAACAUUGUAUCAACACGAGGUUAAUUUAUCCAACCAUUACCAACCUUAUAUGGUUUAAUUACCUUAAGUUACCAAUCAAUUAGAAAAAUGUUGACAUUGAAAAACAAUUAACACUUGAAUGAUAUUGAUUAACUUAAUUUCUGAUACCUAUUGAGAUGAAUGAAUGAAAAACUAAUUAAAAAGAUCCAUACUGAGUGUCCCCAAGUUUAAAUUAAACACGGAAAAAACUAAUUACAAUCAACUUGAUUGAAUCAAGAUGGAAAAUUACAAAUACAUUUGACACUUGACACAAUCAAAUUUAAUUGUUGAUUAACUGUUAGUUUCUACAAAAUGUUUCCACAUGAGGAAGUUUAAUUUUAAUUGAAAGUGUAAAUUCCCUCGGUGAAAAGUCAAUUAACUGUAAUCUGGUUAAUCCAUUGUUUAACGGUCAACUAAUUAGAUAAUAGUAAAAGUGAAAGUGAGAAAAGGUUGCAAAGCUUAAUCAGUAAUCAGUAACCUAAUAGAUUAACCAAGCGUUAAUUAUGUCAAGGAAAAUGUAGGAAUCUAAUUCAAUUUCCAACGAAAAUGUAAUCAACAUUGUCAUCAACACAAAACUCAAUAGUGAAAAGGUAACAAUCAACAAUCAAGAAUCAACAAUGAAUAUCCAUUCAUAAACAAAAAAGAAUUGAAUUAAAUUUAUUCUGAUGAAAACUUUUAAUUUUUCUCCCCGUUUUUUACCGUUAAUUUACUGAUUGGUCACAAUGAAUUAAAUCAAUGAUGAUUGUCAACCAAGUCGAAACUAAAGAAUCAACAAUUUUCCUUGACAUGAUUUACCGAUUUCUGGUUAAUUGUUGGUCUAGACUAUUAAAUCUAUUCAACUUUACAAUAUUUUCUCUUUCCUAAUCAAUUUCCUUUCCUUUUACUUUUUUUUCGUUAAUUAUAAUUGCCAUUGACUCUCACUAACUCUCACUUUCUCUCUCAUUUAAGUAAUCAACUCCCUCUAAUUUAAAUUUACUUCAUUGAUAUAUUUCCAAAGUGUUUCUUGGUUAGUUGAUCAUUUGAUUUACUACGAUCGCUUGGUUAACUUGUUUACUUUUCUCUUAGUUGUGAUUAUCGUAACGACUUCAGGUCUUUGUCAUUAUUUUUUUUGUGUGUGUCUUUGGUUAAUUGUUGGACUUUUUCCCUUGAUAAUUAUUCAGUUCUGAGCAUUUAAUUUGUAAUAAUGUCUCGAUUUAUUGACAUGAAAUCGUUUAAUUGUCUCACAAUAUUAUGUUUACUUUUCGUCAGUUCGGUUUACUCUCAACCCCAGCGAUUUGCUCGUAAUUUGGCCCAAGGAGCUUCCGAUUCAACUGCCAAUGUGAAUGAUUCGCCCCCUCAACCCUUACCUGCUUCGUCAGGUGAGGAAGGUACAGGUUCAAGUGAAGGUGAAGGUGAAGGUGGAGAUGAAGGUGCUGGUGCUGGGGGACCCGUUCCAUUGCAAGGUCCACCUCGUCCACCGACCAUCAGUUGGGGCAAAUGUCCACAAUUAGAACCCAAAGAAGCUGAAAAGAAACAAAAGGCCGAAAUCAUUCGAACUUGCCUCAAAUCUAUUCCAUUACCUGAGAAUAUUACCCAAGAAAGUGUCGAAAAACAUCGAACUCAGGUCGCUAAAUGUGCUCUAAAUGCCGAAAAUUGGUUCACCGAUGAUGGAAAUUAUCGUUUCGAAAAAGCAGAAAGCGAAAUUAAGAACAAGAAACUUGAUUCAACCAUCGAGCCUCAGAUUAUUAAUCAACACAAAGAUUGCCGGAAAGAGGCCGAGGAACAAUUUCCCUCUGGAAUUGCCCAAAUUCAAUUGUAUCAAGCGUGUAUGGAUUAUCACAUCUCUAACAUUUGUGGCAUUCAAAUUGUAGCAUCGGGAUUAUCUCAGUAAUCAGGAUUAACAGCAAUCAACUAAUCACAAUGAUGUUUUUAUCUUUGCAUGGGAACGCUGGUGAUUUCUUAUAUUAUCCAUUUCUAAUUUAAUUAUCAUCAUCAUUGACACUCAACAAUCAUCUUAAUCAUCGUGAACAUGAUUGCCAAGGGAGAAAUAAUUUCCACUAAUAUAAUUAACUUUUAAUUGUAUUUGUAUUUUUCAUUUGCUUAAUUGUUUAUUGAUCAAAUUGCUGUAACUUUUUUACCUCGGACUUUUUUGAUUACAUUUUUUUUCAAUCUAAUCAUUUAAAUCAAUUUUUUUCAUAUAA